CACCUCUAACAUCAAAGAGGCGUGGAAAGUGAACUGAGCAGGCGUAUGAUUGAGCUCACUCGGAAGCAAAGUAAUAAACGGCGUCUGGGUGGGUCCAUAACGAACAUAAAAAAAAAAAUAAGGUAAUUUAUUACCUAUGAAUAUUAGCUCAGAACCAUGUCAGGGUUUUUGGACAGCAUCCAGUGCGGAGAAUGCGAGUGCAAUGUGGACUGGGGAGAGAGGCGAAACACCAUGGCAUCUAUAGCUGCUGGAGUCCUGUUUUUCACUGGUUGGUGGAUAAUCAUUGAUGCAGCUGUGAACUAUCCAGAUGAGGUGACUUUCCAUCACGCCUAUCACGCCUGUGGUGUCAUCGCUACUGUGGCCUUUCUCAUGAUCAAUGCUGUCUCGAAUGGCCAAGUGAGAGGGGACAGCUACAGUGAAGGUUGCAUUGGACAGACAG